AAAUAUCAGAAGGAAGUCUCUUGCGUUGCCUUGUUCGUACUAGAAAAAUCUCUAGGUCUAGUUAUGGUUAAGAUUAUAAGCAUCAGUUUGAAUUUCUACUCACUAAAAUUAUAGUGACUCUGAUUCAUCGACACAUAACGUGAAUGAAUAUGACGCAAUGUUUAUAUAACUGCAAUGUUUAUUUAUUAAAGAACAAUAAACAAUCAAUCAAACCAAAACACACAACGUAAGGAAUGCUUAAUAUAUACGGAUUGUUUACCGGAGUCAUUCAUUCUAUACUGAUCAGUAGUCGAUACGCCAUCCAACGAUGAACACGAAGAUGCUCCUGUUAAUUUUUCUGAGAAUAUUAGGCGAAGGAGUGAUCGGUCACAUUAUGAACCCUUCUGUAGAUAUAUUCGACCUCUCGCACCCUGUUCUAUGGAAGGAUAUGCAGAAUAUUUAUGAAGAGAUUGCAACGCAUAAACAAUGGCAGGUCUGCUUCAACUGCGGUUUCCCUGAAAUGGGCACUGCCAUUCACUAUCAAUAUUACGGCUGGAAUGCCGUGAAGCCAGCAGCCAUACCAAUUCAAAACUUGCUGACCAGGCUCGUAGUCAUAGACCUAAGCUCAAUCACGAAAAGCGAUCCAAAUCAUGUACUAACACUGGACGAUGCCCGCCGCUGGCUCGCCGUGGAACAGGGACCAUUUCAGCCCACGCUCAUUUUGUUCAAGUUCGGAUGGGCAGAUCACCCGUCGUAUGGUCUGAACUACAAAUGUUUCUGUCAGAUGCCUGGAAUCGGUUUCGAUCUAGCGGCGUGGAUAGCCGUCAACCUGAGCCACGUGGUGGGUGUAGCCACGGACGCACCGAGUCUGGAGUCCGAGGAGACAAGGAAUGGGACGGCUAAAACUGUAUCGGUUCUGCUUGGCAAAAGUGGCGUUUACAUGAUUGAAAAUGUGGAUGCUAGGAGGAAGUUACCAGAAAAGGGAUGCAUGGCGUUGGUAUCACCCCUGAAACUUCUAGAUGGGAAUUUCGUGCCAACCCGCCUCACCGCUUUCUGCCCGCGGCGCCACCACGAUAAAGUGGAAAUAAUCAUGGCUCCUCGAAUUAACUUACCACCCCAAUGAUGAACACCCAUAAACCAAAAACCGUCGCUAUACUUACUCAAACCUCGUAUCUCUAUAUUAGAUACGUAUAUCAGACAUGAGUUUGAAUAAGUAUAGCGACAAAAUGUACUUACAACUUAUUUACGCCUGGGUCUCCGAGUCAUAGGACUCAUAAGGGAGGAGUUCCAUGAAAGAGCCGGUUUACUAACUGGUAAAAAAAUAUAGUUCUAAUGAAUUAACGAGAUUUGUUUACAGAAUUAAUAUUUGUUUAUUAAAGUACAUACAUAAACAUCAGUAGAAAACAUGGCGCAUUAUCAAUUUUAUCUACACACAUAUCAUAAACCCUCUAUGAUGCCUUCAAAAUCCGUAGGUUGGUAAAUAAUGGCCAACAUUACAAUAAACUGUUUUGUUACAACAAAUUUCUUAUCUGUGAUAAUGUUGUUAUUGCUUCAUAACUACUUGGAACAAUAAAAAUUUGGAACAUCUCUGAAAAAAAAGCAGUUCGUUCUGACCUCUAUUCUAAAAUCAGUUGAGAUGUCUUUUUGUUCGAAAUGAAAUGUCAAUUGCAUACAAUUUUGACAAAUCUCGCAUGUUAGUUUGUAUCGAAUAAUACGGAAAUAGGCCCUCGACUCUAGUUUAUCUCUGAAUUAAAAAAAAACUAUGGAUGCGUGAUAUGCGUGUAAAAAGUUUUCAUUUACCGCCAUUUGACGUACAGUUUAUCUUCUAAUUAGUUUUAAGUAUAAAAUGAAUUUGUUUAGUUGUUUUUAAAGUAACCAUAGCAAAAGUUUCGUGUAAAAUGAACGAUAAAAAUAUUUCUGUGACGCCACCACAUUACAGUAAUAAUAUAUACUAAUCUAUGACCACAUAACCGCGAGUUCCGCCAAGAGUUGGCUGUUAUUUCGGUUAGUGAAUAUAUCAUAGAAAGUUUAUAAUAUGUGUGUAGGUAAAAUGCGCGGUCCACACGAAAAUCGCCAUUUGUAUGGAGAUCUUAAUAAGAUUAGCGCUUCAAAGUAUAAGCUUGUAAUUGAAUUAUGCAUUUACUUACAUGAUUUUACACAGAAAAGAUUCUAGACUAAUUCCUCUAACGUUCUCGUUAUCAAGUAUUGCAUAUUAUAUCUUAUUUUAUUAAAAUAUUUGCAGUUCAAGUUAUGGUUCCAAUAUUGUAUGCUUAAGCCAAUAGAUGACCGGCGGUCAACUUUUGGGUAAGGGCUUGUUUUUUCAAAUGUUUGUAUAAAAUCUAAUAGAAAAGGUAGACGCAUAAUUUAUGUUUUAAAUUGAUAGCUGGCUAGGCCUUAAUUUUUGAAUAGAUGAACAAAGCUUUCUUUUAUUUAACCCAGUUAUUUCAAGGUUUAUUUUAGUAUGGGCUGUUCAACUAAAAAUCUUAUCCCUAAAAGAUGAACUAUGAUAAUUCACUUCAUCUUUUCAUCUUUUGGGCUCAAUUCCAAUACAUGAAUUUCGCAUUAAUUUUGAUAGUUCAUUUCUUCAAUACCGUGUCUAAAACUUGAACCUAGUAAUUUGUCCGUUCAUGUUUUGAGUAGCAUUAUCAACACUGAACAAGUUCAAUGUUAAAAAUAGUGAAUUUUAUAUCUUUAAUCGGUAGCUUUGUUACUUUUUUAAAUUAUUUACAAAUACAAAUUUAAAAAGUGUAGAAGUUAAUUUAUUAAGUCGUUUUAAUUUAUUUGAGGAUCAUAUUUUCUUUUUGGAGCAAAAUUCCACCUAGGGCAUUUUUUUUCUCUCUCCGGCACAAAUAAUUUAAUACACUAUUUUUUCCCUACCUAUUGUAAUUGCUCCGUGGUCAGAAUUUAACAAAAGGGACAAAGUUAUACUCUAUCUAUACUUGUUCAUCUAUUGGCAUCUUGUCGUUCAAUAUUAGGGUACUUUAUAUUGAUUUUAUACUGGUUCAUCUUUUGGGGUAAAAACGUUCACGUUGCCCCAUUUCAUCAUAUAAUAUUUUUUAUAAAAAUACUGAAUUACAAUAUAUGCAUUUGGAAUAAUUCAUUCUAAUCUAUAGAUUAUAUGCUGAAUCAUAUUAAAAAAUUAAAGUUGUUAAAAAUAGGUUACAACAUAUGUAAAAAAAAAACUAAAGUUGGGGUAGUCGCUUAACUGGUCAUCUUUUGGUGAUUUCACCCUAAGAGAAAUUAAGAAUGGCUCAAAAUCGCUGUAGAGUUAAGAAUUUGUUAAAAAUGUUGUUUAAUAAAAAUAGAACUAAUAUAACAAUCUGUAACAAUAAAUAUAUAAUUUAAACCAUAA